CAUGUUUGCUUGGAGGUUGUUGGAAUUCCGACUUUUCUUCGGCCCCUAAACGCAGCAUCGCCGGAAUUUGAACUUAAGAGAAACGAACUGAUCUAAAGAAAAGCUUCGACCGCAGCUGAUCCGCUCCGAGUCUUUUCACAGAAUUCCUAGAAGGAGCAGCCUCCCGUCAUGGCGUCCACGUCUGUCACCACCAUCGGUGGAGUCAUGGUCAUAACUCAAGUUAUUCCCAGGGACGUCUCCUCCAUUCCUCUCCAGACUCCUGGAGACCCUCAACAGCAGGCUCCGCCCCCUGAAGUGAUUGCUCCUCCCACCCACUCAAAGGUUGUUGACGAGACAGACACUGAUGUUCGCAGGGAACCACAAGGCCUUGGGGUGGUCCAGAUCUUCGUCGGUCUUCUGUCCGUCCUCUUCAGCUUGACGCCCCUCCUCUCCCCGGUGCUGAUCCACUACGCCCCGUUUGGUUCCGGUUUGUUUUUCGUGGUCUCCGGCUCUCUGGCCGUGGCGUCAGGACGGCGGGCUUCAGUCAGACUGGUCUGGGCGUCUCUUCUGACCAACGCCUUCAGCGCCCUGCUCGGCCUGGCCGGCGUGGUCUACGACUGCGUCCUGCUGUCCACCGUUCCUUCUGACAUGUUCUGCAAAAGCCCGUCCCAAACGAGGCCUCUGCUUCAUGAUGAGUGGACCCGCAAGUGCUUCAGAAACCUCUGGGCCCUGAAUUCGGUUCUCUAUGGAAUUCUGGGCGUCGUCCUGGUUCUGCUGGUCCUGCAGGUCUGCGUCUGCAUCACCGUCUGCGUUCUCGCUGGACGAGCCAUCAGACGCCACAAAUGUCCCCUUACGGUGGCGCCUGACAGGGACACCACACUCCUGAUACCCGCCGGAUCUGAGCCUGACCCCGCCCCUGACCCCGCCCCUGCCCACUCAGCCUGAGAGGAUCUGGCCCCGCCCUCCACCUACGGUUCUGAUUCUGUCUUGUCUGCUGUUUUCAUGGGGUUUGCAAUGCUUUCUGGGUAAUUCUGGGCCAGCUGGGUUCUGUUUAAAGCUGAACAGGAUCAGAUUCUGAGGAAAACAAACAGAUCCAGUUUUUUCUGAAGAUUUUCCAUCGGGAAAAGUUCCUCUGAGGUUUUUGGAGGAGAUCAGAAGACGAAUGUUUUCCUCCAUCGUCCACUGAACCGUCAGCAGAAACGUUCGGGUGGAGACGGAGAACCUCCUCGUUCUGUGAAAGAAAAGAUCAUCUCCUCCAAACUUCAGGGAGCUCGUUCAUGUUCACGUGUUUGGGAUGUCACGCUUCAUCCCCCUGCCCUCCACGUGGGGGGUGGGGGUGGGGGGUGUCCAUGGAGACCUGGUCUGGGUCUGAUUUCCUGCUUCAGUCUCCUCUGGCCUCCAUGUUUGAGGUCAAAGCUCCUCACGAUCAUCUUUCUGUGAAUAAAUCACUACAAAACUCA